AUGCGCAUCUUCUUUGGGCCAUAUCCAUUGAGCCACAUCUUCUGGGAACUAGGAAAAGGGUGGCACUUCCUCAAAUGCCUCGAGCCCUUACCCAGACUUCCCGCAGAGUACGACAACGGAGGCUACCCAGGCAGCGGCGGGACACCAUCGGGGCCGGAUGAGACUGCAGGCUUGCUCCAGCUCAUCUUGGGCCUCAUGAACAGCUUCCUUGGUGCUUUGGGACUGUUCUUCUUCGGCGUGAAUCUCUAUAACCUGUUGAUGAACAUCCAGAACUGUCCCACAGGGGUGGUGUUGGCUCCCUGCAUUCAGCAGGGUCACUGUGCUGGCGUUGCAAGGGCUCCUUGGUUUGCACACUACAUCGUCUCUCAGAAGCUUAUGGUUGCAGAGGACUUGGCACGCGAGGCGGUGAAGGCGGAUGUGCCAAUCAAGGAAGUCGCCAAGUGGCUGGGCGUUGAGACGGUGGGGGCUGCCAAGAAGAUCAUCAUGAAUGUGGCGGAAACAUCCUGCAAAGCCAUGCACGACGAGCUCAUCGAGGCACCUAACGCUACUGUUAAUGGCAUGGUUUCAAAUUGGCUCGGCAAACAUCACGCCAGCUACUAUCUGGAGCAGGUCAAGGAAAAAAACUUGGACAUCACUUGGCAGGCGCAGUCGGCCAAGAUGUACAGCUGCCACGGAUGCGUUCGCUGCAUGACCCUCUUUUACUUCACAGAUAUCCAGAAUGUGGUCGAGCUAAUAGAGAUCUUCUUGCUGAUCGAGCCUUGGAUUCAGCCCAAAGUCCCAGACAUCUCCAAAACUUCGUGGAAACUGGACGCCUCCCCAGAUCGCGAGCUACUUCAGUGCACUCCUCGCCUCGAUGAUGGGGAAUGCCCUGGAGCAACUGAGCUGCAGACCGUGAAGGAAGGUGAUCACGGAUCUCGUGUUGCGGGGCUUUCGCCAGCAAUGACUGCUUCUGUGUUUUCUGUUGUCCAGCGAACUUUCCCACCCACUUCCGUCAUCGAGUCGCAGUCUCAGAAACUGAACUGUCCCAUGAUCGAUGUCCACUUCGAGGCUGACCCAACACAGCGGAAGUCAGUUGACCUGCACCAGACGGAAGUCUCCUGCCUUGGAAUGAUUGGUCGGACGUUCUUCUUCCGCUACCACUACUGCGGUGUGCCGAAACACAUGGAGUAUCAAGAGCAGGCGUGUUCUUCCGUAGAGAUUCGUGCGGUGGAGCGGAAUCAAGUCUAA